ACUCUCUUCAUAUAUGUGUCAUAAAUCAAACUAGGUCACAAACGGCUGUCUUCGACAGGUGUGAGGCGACAUAUUCGUUUAGUGCACCUACACAUAAACCGCAUCCUUUAAAGUGAAUCAGAGGCCGUACUGAUUCGUUUCAAAGGUCGUGGUCGUAGCUUUACGUGUGCAAAUCGUUCUAAACAGCUUCUUCUCUCUACUUUGUAGUGGUUGUGUUGCAGACUCACUACUUUUGCCGCUGUUACAACGGUGUUAUACACACAUUACUACCUGUCAUAUAACUGCAUGUCUGCAAGAUCUGUUGUUCAAAUGCGGGCAAGCACGGGACAAUUUAGUAUUUGAUUGUUAUUCCAUAUCCCAAAUCAUAAGCGUAAUAAUAUAGUUUAUUCUUUGUAGUGCUUCAGGAUCAGGAAGUAGGUAACAUACAAAUGAAUAUUAGGAAAUCAGGUGGAAGUUACAUCAUACCGGUGGACGGUGGACAGAAGUACUGAAUUUAACAGAUGAAUCAAAUCGAAACUGCACAUGAACAAUCUGCUAGGUAAUCAAUCACCGCCGACCUCAAUAUAGCACAGUUGGGUUGCUAUCGAUUAACUAACACCCUGACAUCACAGUGAACUGCAGCAGUGAGCGUGUGAGUGAGCGAAGAGUCGUUCAUCACCAUUCCGUCUUCCUGUGUACUCUUUUCUUCUCUGUGAUUUUUCGGUGUAUUACCUGUGGUCUCAGAGUAGGCUGUGUUCAUCCUGUGAAAACCCAGCUAGCCAUGCUGUGGUGUGCUGCAUGCUUGUAUUUUGGUCACCGGCAUGUUUAGGCCUGUUCGGAGUUUUUCAAUACAGAACACCUCCCCUGUUUCAGCUGCAACCUCUCAGAAACCACACAGCCAACAAAACACAGCAACGGGGAAUCGAAGAAGCGACAGACGUUCAAAUGAUGGCGCCGGCACAUUAAAACCUCGUUGAACCACAUUGUUUUGUUAUUGAGGAGUGAGCAAAGCAUACAGGACAACAAGCGGACGGCCCAGCCAAUACUUGAGAUUGUUGGGCGUCUCUCUUUGGCAUUGCACAUACUGAAACCGGUGUUACAGCGAAGGUUGUGGUUCCAUCUGUAGCACAUGUGAGCUUAUGCAACCAGUACAUCAGUCACGCUACAGCUAGUGCGCAGCGUGUAGGGGGAUAUUGAUCUCCCACCAAUAAAAUAGCAUAUAUUUCACCGCAAAUGUAGAAGAAUGUGUCCUUGGCGCUCGGCAACAUGGCUCCUUUCUUGAGGAUCGCCUUCAACUCCUACGACUUAGGCGUGAUGUCUCCACUCGUCGACCCGCCUUUCUGUGCAAUCAAGAUGAAGGAGGCCUUGACAACUGAACGAGGUAAGACCCUGGUUCAGCGCAAGCCCACCAUGUACCCGGCGUGGAAGGCCAGUUUCGAUGCGCACAUCUAUGAGGGUCGUGUGCUAGAGGUGCUGCUGAUGAAGACAGCCGAGGAGCCGCUGGCUGAGGUCACCGUCGGUGUGUCCGUCCUCGCUGAGCGCUGCAAGAAGGCCAACGGGCGCGCUGAGUUCUGGGUGGAUCUCCAUCCUUCUGGGAAAGUGAUGAUGGCUGUGCAGUAUUUGCUGGAAGGAGUGGAUACAGAGAGUAAGCAGGCUACCAAGGAGGUGGAGGAGGGGGCUCCUAACCUGAACCGUAGACGGGGGGCCAUCAAGCAAGCCAAGAUCCACGUCAUAAAGAACCACGAGUUCAUUGCCACGUUUUUCAGGCAGCCGACUUUCUGCUCCGUCUGCAGAGAAUUUGUCUGGGGACUCAACAAGCAAGGCUAUAAAUGCAGACAAUGCAAUGCAGCCAUCCACAAGAAAUGCAUAGACAAAAUUAUCGGCAGAUGUACUGGUACUGCUGCCAACAGUCGCGACACUGUGUUCCAGAAGGAGCGUUUUAAAAUUGACAUGCCGCACCGUUUUAAGACCCACAACUACAUGAGUCCGACCUUCUGCGACCACUGUGGAAGUCUGCUGUGGGGUCUCGUCAAACAAGGCCUGAAGUGUGAAGAUUGCGCCAUGAAUGUCCAUCACAAGUGUCAGGAUAAAGUAGCCAACCUUUGUGGUAUCAACCAGAAACUACUAGCUGAAGCACUCACACAAGUCAGCCAGAAAUCGUCCACCCGCCGCUCAGAUCCAAACCUGCCUGAUAUGCCUGAUAUUGGAAUCUACGAUGAAGUUAACAAGAUCGCCAGACUGGAAAUCGCUGAUGCAUCUCCCUAUGGCAAACUGUGGGAGGGGGCCAACUCUCGGCCUCCUUCUCACAUCACCCAUUUGACCCGCAUCAACGUGGACCACUUUGUCUUCCACAAGGUUUUGGGAAAAGGCAGCUUUGGGAAGGUUCUCCUGGCCGAGCUGAAGGGUCGUGGAGAGUACUUUGCUGUGAAGGCUUUGAAGAAAGAUGUGGUGCUGAUGGAUGACGACGUGGAGUGCACCAUGGUGGAGAAGAGGGUCUUGGCUUUGGCCUGGGAAAACCCCUUCCUCACACACCUUUACUCCACCUUCCAUACCAAGGAGCAUCUGUUCUUUGUGAUGGAGUAUCUGAACGGAGGAGACCUGAUGUUUCAUAUUCAGGAGAAAGGGCGUUUUGAGCUUAACAGAACCACGUUCUACUCCGCUGAGAUCAUUUGUGGUCUCCAGUUCUUGCACACCAAAGGAAUUAUCUACAGAGAUCUCAAGUUAGACAACGUGAUGUUGGAUCAUGAGGGGCACAUAAAGAUAGCCGACUUUGGUAUGUGCAAGGAGAACGUGUUCGGAGAGAAUCGUGCCACAACUUUCUGCGGUACUCCUGACUAUAUCGCUCCAGAGAUCCUGUUGGGUCAGAAAUACUCAUUCUCCGUUGACUGGUGGUCGUUUGGGGUGCUGCUGUACGAAAUGUUGAUUGGUCAGUCGCCUUUCCAUGGAGAUGACGAGGAUGAGCUAUUUGAGUCGAUUCGCAUGGAUACUCCCCACUAUCCCCGCUGGAUCAACAAGGAGGCCGAGGACCUGCUUGAGCGGUUGUUCGAGAGGGACCCAACUCGCAGGCUGGGGAUCGUGGGUAACAUCCGUUCACACCCGUUGUUCAACAACAUCAACUGGCAGGCUUUGGAGAGGAGAGAGAUCGAACCCCCCUUCAAACCCAAAGUGAAAGCACCCAACGACUGUAGCAACUUUGAUCGGGAGUUCCUUAGCGAGAAGCCUCGUCUCUCCCACAGCGAUAAGAACUUCAUAGACUCCAUGGAUCAGGCGGCAUUCGAUGGCUUUUCAUUCAUCAAUCCUAAGAUGGAGCGCCUUUUAGAAAAGUAA